AUGAACCGCAGCAAGAGUAGUAGUAUAAACACUAGUCGCAGUAAUGGCGGUGCUGGUGGUCUCUUUCAAUGGCUCACCCGCAAAGGCGCUAGACGACAUACUCGGGGAGGUAGCCAGGAGCCAGAGGCUGCUUCGGAAGGGCCCGCACCACUCUCCACAGCAAACCGACUAGACUGGAAUUCUUCCAUAGCCUCCAUUGACACGUCGGAUCUGCACAACACUCGCGCUCCGCGUCGAGGACGUCGACACCACGGUGGGAGCGACAGCGGGGAUUGUCUGGGAGAAUUCCUCCGCGACAUUCCAGCUCCGCCACCGGCCAAAGUGAGCCCAGUAACCACCGGAUCAUCGUCGCAGAAGUCACUCGCCGCCACGCCGAAACCUCGGCAUCUAGAGCGACAUCAGUCCGCAGGUCCCGUAAGACACAGCGCACUCGAUCCGUUUGAGCACGCAUGUCUACGUGAACACGAGCGCGUCCCCCCAAGUCUCCAACAUUCCUUUUGUAGUCCCCCAGAAGCCAGCAAACGGAUUCGCCGGGAACGUAGUACACCGGACGCAACGCGUCGUCCGCAUAGUCAGGGUCAGACAAGAGGAGAGUUGUCUAGCUGCGCCGCUGCCAGCACUGCUAGAGCUCCUUCAAUCUCAUAUAUCGAAACGUCGUCGAAUCGCGUACUCCAGAGCCUCGGCCCUUCCACAACAGCAAUGCCCGAACGGACCACAAUUGCUACGUCCCGACAACAACAAUGGGGCGAUUCCUCGGAAGCCCUGCGUGUCGAUGAUUUGUUACAAAUUAUAGACAGCGAACCACACCACGAUAUCGACGUCAAUGUGCAAUCCCAGCCGACAACUAAGGCGGGGCGGAACGGGGUAAGGCCGGCACCAGCAUCUGAUUUAGUCGAGCCUGAUGCUCUCCGAGAAUCCGGGAGGAAAGUUGCGAGGCAGUCGAAUCUCGCGACUGCGUCUCGGGGAUCCACGGCCACGUCGCAAAUUCCUGUGCUAGUGCUGCAUACAGCGAAUCUGUACAGCGAUACGGAACAGGCGCUCAAUGCCACCCGAAACGGGCCUCCGCCGUCUUUCCAAUCGCUUUUAGUUCCAGAAACAGCGCCUUCAUCAAUUGGAGCAAUAUCUCAUAAAGCUCCCACAAGAAGCAUAGUAGUCAAUCUGUCCUCGCCCAAAAUGAAUGGUUCGGGGGCUACCAAAGAUGAAGUUACAUUGCCGACAGAAUCCGACUGUAACGACGACGACCUCGCUGCAGCUCGUGCAGUGCUUGAGGAAGCUAUGAACUGGGAUCGUAACACAGAUAGACGGCCAUCUUCAUCCUCCCGAGCAGCAGUCUCGGAGCGUUCCAUCACCUCCAAUGCUAGCCAUACCAGUCUACGCCAAAAGCCUCUCUAUCAAACCACAAAACACCACUAUUAUAACACCCCUACCCUUGGAGAAACGAUGAGCACUUACCGUGAUGCCUACACCCAAGGUCACAACAGCAGCAAUCGCAAUCAUGGGCUCAGUGUGACGCGGCAUUCGUUUGCCGCUUCGGAAGCGACUACGCUAGCAUUUUCGGAAGCGUCUGCCUGCUUUAGUGCGGGACCGGCACACUCGUCGGCCACAAGCUUGGAAAAUUCUUCCUUUUCUCGAUUUUCUAUUCAAGAAGAAGACCUGCACGAUUCGAAUGGAUCCCUGACAAUCGAAGAAUUGUGCAGGCAAAGGGCACGGUCGAAACUCGCUGAAGGUUCGCCUUCGUCGAGACUUCCGUCAGAACAGUCAGAUCCGUAUGUGACAGACGAAAGCACCGCUGAACGCUUGGCUGAAAUCGAGCAAGAAAAGGAAAUGCUAGAACUUGCCAUUCAACGUAGUUUGAACGAUUCGCAGAAGUUACAGGACUCUCACAGUGAUUCGGGACCUUCUAGCACUCUCCCAACCAGCCGCAGCCGCAGUCAUCUAUCUUCUUUGUCUAUAGGUUCGUCGACAUCCCAUAAUACACGUGCUUUGCGCACGCCGUGCAUUACAAGCGGAGAGCACCCGUCUCAUCUGUACGGGUCUUCACCGCGGGAGAGAGAGAAAUCUGUAUCAAACCAUCAACGCAACCUCAGGCUUGGUAGUUCUGCACCACGUCCGUCGUAUAGCGGCGAUGCCGUAGGCCACGCUUCCCUCACCUCUCAUCUCCUAGGAUAUUGCCAGAACUUCGAGGAUGCAGACAAAAGUAGCAUCAACGAUGAAGCAACAGCCGAAAUGUUGGCGGAAGAGGAGCUUUUGGAAUUGGCCAUGGAACGUAGUUUACAGGAUUUACAAGUUUCGUCGGUUACCGAGGAACCCAAGGGGCAUCACAGAAAUUCCCACUCAAUUUCUAGCAUCUACAUGAAUCCGAAUCAUGACACUAUCGAGGAUAUUACUUCAACACACGAUGAUGACGACUGGUCGUCUCGGAAGCCAUCAGCGCGAGCCGUCUUUACUCAAAGUAUACCAGCCUUAACAACACCAAGUCGUCAACGACCUUCGUCUUCAAUGUACGGUGGUGAUGGCAACCUAGAUGUCUUGAUGGACGAAAGUGAGAGCGAAGGAUGGGAAGAUUUAGCCGAGCGAUUGUGCGUCCCUGGAAGGCGCUCAUCAGCCUCAAACUUGCCGAAUAGCGUUCGCAACAACGCUUUAAGACUGUCCACACAUCUCACUUCCAGAAACAAUAAACGCGUGAACCAUCCACAUGUUCCUUCGUUAUCGCACAAGGCAAGACAUUCUCAAGCUACGAACAUGUUGCCUUGGUCGGCGGAAGCAGCCUGGUCUCGAACCAGGCCGAGUAAUUCGGAUCACGACCGCCCGAAAAUCCGCCAUCGUUCUGUCGCCGUAAGCGCGUCAGACGACGACAGCUCGAGUCCAUUGGACAAAGAUAAAGGAUCUUUCGAACGGAGUGUGUAGAGCAGCAAAAUCUUGAUCUUGCACUCCAACUAUCGCUCCAGGGCAAAAUCUAACAGGAAUUGCCAAAACAAACAUAAAUUCAAGCACAUGCAGGA